GUCUGAACUUCCUGUGGAUCUCUGCAACUCAUUCAUCAACAAAUUAAUCAUAACUCCAAAAAGAAAAAAGAUCACUCUCCAAUGGAGAGUGUAAUUCUUCCCUGCAAAUCAAUUUUCCCAACAAUUUCAGAAUUACCCCAAAACUAUCACCCAAAACCAAAAAUACCCCUCAAUUAUGAACCAAGAUUAACAGAUACCCAAUUGAACUAUCUCUGCACAAAUGGGCGCUUAAGUGAAGCUAUAACAGCUCUUGAAUCCAUUUCACAAUAUGGGUACAAGGUAAAACCCGAAACUUUUUCAAGACUUAUAGAAUCUUGCAUAAAUGAAAAAUCACUGCAUUUUGGGCGUAAACUUCAUAGAAAGAUGAGAUUUUUACUGGAAAAAGUUGACCCUUUUAUUGAAACUAAGUUAUUAGGGAUGUAUUCCAAAUGUGGUUCUUUACAAGAAGCGUUUCAACUGUUUGAUCAAAUGCGUGAAAGAGAUUUAUUUGCUUGGUCUGCUAUGAUUGGUGCUUGUUCAAGAAAUAGUAGGUGGGGUGAAGUUGUGGAAUUAUUUUAUAUGAUGAUGAGUGAUGGUGUUGUACCUGAUAGUUUUUUGUUUCCCAAGAUUUUACAAGCUUGUGCAAAUUGUGGGGAUUUCAAGACUGGUAAUUUGAUUCAUUCUAUAGCGAUUCGAUGUGGAAUGAGUUCUGUGAUUCGUGUGAAUAAUUCGCUUUUAGCUGUUUAUGCGAAAUGUGGGUUGUUAAGUUGUGCAAAGAGGCUUUUUGAGAGUAUGGAGACGAGGGAUACGGUGUCUUGGAAUUCGAUUAUAAUGGCGUAUUGUCACAAGGGUGAUAUUGUUGAGGCACAGAGGUUAUUGAAUUUGAUGCGUCUUGAAGGCGUGGGACCAGGUUUGAUUACGUGGAAUAUAUUGAUAGCGAGUUAUAAUCAGUUAGACAGGUGUGAUGAGGCGCUUGAGGUUAUGAAGGAGAUGGAAGGUAAUGGGAUAACACCUGAUGUUUUUACUUGGACUUGUUUGAUUUCGGGUUUGGCUCAACAUAACAGGAACAGUCAGGCAUUAGAAUUGUUCCGGGAGAUGAUUGCGAAUGGAGUUACACCAAGUGAAGUAACACUUACAAGCACGGUUUCAGCUUGUGCGUCUCUUAAGGACCUGAGGAAGGGAAGGGAGCUUCACUCUUUGGUUGUUAAGUUGGGAUUUGAUGGAGAAGUAAUUGUAGGGAAUGCUUUGGUUGACUUAUAUUCCAAGUGUGGUAAACUCGAAGCUGCUCGGUUGGUCUUUGAUGUGAUCCCAGAGAAAGAUGUAUACAGUUGGAAUUCCAUGAUUGGAGGAUAUUGCCAAGCUGGGUACUGUGGAAAAGCCUAUGAUCUUUUUCGGAGGAUGCAUGAGUUUGAGGUAUCACCUAAUGUAAUCACGUGGAAUGUGCUGAUUACAGGACACAUGCAAAAUGGUGAUGAGGAUCAAGCGUUGGAUCUUUUCUGGAGGAUGGAGAAGGACGGGAGCAUUGAGCGGGACGCUGCCUCAUGGAACGCUCUCAUUGCUGGCUAUUUGCAAAAUGGGCAGAAAGAUAAAGCAUUGGGUAUAUUUCGCAAAAUGCAGUCAUUUGGUUUUAAGCCGAACGCAGUUACCAUUUUGUCCAUCCUACCAGCUUGUGCAAACCUAAUUGCUGCAAAGAAGGUGAAAGAGAUCCAUCGUUGUGUUUUGCGUUUCAAUCUGGAAAAUGACCUCUCCGUUGCUAAUUCUCUUAUAGACACAUACUCCAAGUCGGGGGGCAUAAAAUACUCGAAAGCAAUAUUUGAUGGGAUGUCAACCAAAGAUAUCAUUUCUUGGAACACACUGAUUUCUGGUUAUGUUUUACAUGGCUGUUCCAGCGAGGCAAUAAAGCUAUUUCAUCAAAUGAAAGAGGUAGGGUUUAAACCAAAUAGGGGUACUUUCUCCAGUGUGAUUUCGUCUUAUGGUCUAGCGAAAAUGGUUGAAGAGGGGAAGCGUAUGUUCUCUAGCAUAUCCGAGGAGUAUCGGAUUGUACCAGGUCUAGAGCAUUGUGUGGCUAUGGUUAAUUUAUAUGGCCGGUCAGGUAAACUUGAAGAAGCAAUUGAUUUUAUAGACAAUAUGACCAUGGAGCAUGAUAUUUCUUUAUGGGGUGCAUUGCUGACUGCUUCUCGCGUGCAUGGUAAUUUGAAUUUAGCUAUCCAUGCUGGAGAACAAUUGCUCAAACUGGAUCCUGGAAAUGUAGUGAUUAAUCAGUUACUUCUACAGUUGAAUGUACCACAUGGGAUUUCUGAAGAAUCAGUAACUGUGACGCGACCUAGAAAAAGAAAUCACCAUGAAGAAUCUCUUGGUUGGAGCUGGACUGAGAUAAAUAAUGUGGUCCAUGCUUUUGCUUCAGGUCAGCAAAGUAAUUCUGAGGUUCCAGAUUCAUGGACAAAAAGAAAGGAAGUAAAAAUGGAGGGAUCCAGGUCUUGCAAAAGGCUUUGCAUCACAGAAGAGGAGAACGAAGAUAUUACUAGAGUUCAUAGUGAGAAAUUUGCACUUUCUUUUGCCCUCCUUAACAAUCCUCAAUCAUCCCGAGUGAUACGAAUUGUUAAGAACCUCAGAAUGUGUGAAGAUUGCCAUAGGACUGCCAAAUUUGUUUCUCAGAAUUAUGAACGUGAAAUAUAUAUACAUGACUCGAAGUGCUUGCAUCACUUUAAAGACGGUUAUUGUUCCUGUGGCAAUUAUUGGUAGCUUUAAGUGGCCAUGAACUGUCAUUUUCUUGCAGACAAGUCCAUGAAUAGUCAUUUUCUUGCAGACAAGUCUCCUCUUCUCCAAGGAAUUGAUAGAUCGGCUGUUUUCUGGAGAAAAGAUCUGCAUGUGAUAAAGAGGAUCCUCUUUGAAAAUGUAUAGAUGAUGGUGCAAACGGUGGCAUCUCAAAUGUUGUUAUUGCUGUAAAUAUAAAGUUUCUCUGUUUGGUCAGGUCUUGUAAAUGGAUGAGAGAAAUCUGGAUUAUGACACUAGUUCAUAGGCUCUGUAUCAAAUUGUACAUAUGCUAAAGAGAUAAUCUUUCUUCUUAUCGAGUGCUCAUUUGAAAUCAUGUUUUUUCCUAACUGUGUGACAAUUGAACUAGCCUUCGGAUGAGCAUCCCAAAGGUGUGGCCUAGUGAUCAAAGUGAAGGAAGAAUAUUAUAGAACCCACUGGAAUAAAGAUGGUUUGCUUA